AUGGCCGCUGCCGCCGCUGGCCCUGCCUCUCGGCAGAGUCCUGCAACCGCCGACGAGCAGGAAGAUUCUCGAUCGUCAUCCUCGUCAACUUCCCCCGCGCCCGCCGAUAACGAAGAGUCCGAUUUCUUUCUUGGAGCCAACGACUCCCAGUCAAGCAUCGGAGUCCCCAACUUUCAAGAUAUGCAGGUGGAAGAUGCUUGCCAACCGCCCGUCCAUCGGUUGCCCAACGAGAUCCUCAUCAGCGUGUUUGCCAAAUUGAGUUCCACCUCCGAUCUGUUCCACUGCAUGCUGGUUUGCAAACGCUGGGCUAGAAACACAGUCGAUCAACUCUGGCAUCGACCAGCGUGCACGAGUUGGAAGAACCACGGCAGCAUUUGCCAAACGUUGCAGCUCGACAGCCCGUCUUUCAGAUAUCGCGACUUUAUCAAGAGACUAAACCUCGCCGCCCUUGCUGACAAAAUCAGCGAUGGCAGUGUUAUGCCCCUCGCAGUCUGCAGUCGGGUGGAACGUCUGACACUUACGAACUGUCGCAACCUCACCGAUUCCGGACUUAUCGCCCUUGUGGAGAAUAGCACCUCGCUGCUGGCACUCGACAUCUCCAACGACAAGAACAUUACCGAGCAGUCUAUCAACACGAUCGCCAAGAACUGCAGUCGCCUUCAAGGACUCAACAUUUCUGGCUGCGAGAAUGUCUCCAACGAGAGCAUGAUCAACUUGGCAACAAGCUGUCGCUAUAUUAAGAGACUGAAGUUGAAUGAAUGUAGCCAGCUCCAAGACGACGCUAUCCAUGCCUUCGCCGAAAACUGUCCCAACAUCCUCGAGAUCGACCUCCACCAGUGCAAUCGCAUUGGUAACGGCCCUAUAACUUCUCUUAUGGUCAAGGGCAACUGUCUCCGAGAGCUACGACUUGCAAGCUGCGAACUAAUCGACGACGAUGCUUUUCUGUCUCUACCCUCUGGACGACUAUUUGAACAUCUCCGCAUUCUCGACCUCACAUCCUGCGUGCGUUUGACAGACGCUGCUGUCCAGAAGAUUAUUGAUGUCGCACCUCGCCUUCGCAACCUUGUUCUUGCCAAGUGCCGAAACAUCACUGAUGUAGCCGUUCAUGCUAUCUCGAAGCUUGGUAAGAACCUGCAUUACGUGCAUCUGGGUCACUGUGGCAAUAUCACCGACGAAGGUGUCAAGAGAUUAGUACAGAACUGCAACCGCAUUCGAUACAUCGAUCUGGGCUGCUGUGUCAACUUGACAGAUGAGAGUGUGAAGCGCCUUGCUCUGUUGCCCAAGCUGAAGCGUAUUGGGCUUGUGAAAUGUAGCUCCAUCACCGAUGACUCAGUCUUUCAUCUUGCUGAAGCCGCAUUCCGCCCCAGAGUACGACGAGAUGCCAGUGGCAUGCUCGUUGGCAACGAGUACUACGCCUCGAGUCUCGAGCGUGUUCAUCUGAGCUACUGUGUCAACCUUACCCUCAAGAGUAUCAUGAAGUUGCUCAACUCAUGCCCUCGAUUGACCCACUUGAGUUUGACUGGAGUUGCUGCUUUCCAGCGUGACGACUUCCAGCCAUACUGUAGACAAGCACCCCCGGAAUUCACCCAACACCAGCGAGAUGUGUUUUGCGUCUUUUCCGGCGCCAUGGUAUCCAAAUUCCGUGAUUUCCUCAACACUUCACCACAAUUCGAGGACCUUUGGGAUAUGCACAGCUGGAACCGAACAGCAGUCUACCCCGGACAACGGCAACGUGCUUCCGUAAUGCAGCCAACAGCCAAUGCCGGAGAUGGAGCCGACGAUGAGAUGGUUGACGAUGACAAUGAUUUCGAGGGUCUGGACGGCAGCGAGAUGGUCGUGGAUGCACAGGCACAGAAUCCGGUCAACGGCAACGGAACGAUAAAUCCCAACUCUCUUAUGAAUCACGGAUUUCAACAAGCUAUUCCCAUACCGCCUCCACCUCCUAGCAUCCCAACAGGUCAGCUCCCUCCAUUCUUUCCGACGUUCGCCCGCUUCCUGCCUUCAUCGUCACUCAUACGACAGGAACCAGGAUUGCUUGAGCCAUAUUUUAAUCAGAGCAGAAUUAACAACCUACUAGAAGGCGGAUCGUCACAGCAUACCACUAGCCAAGCCAGCGCAGCACCUCUUGGACACGGGCAUCCAGGGAACGGGGAAUCCGCGACCGGCGCAAGCACUGCGACUAUCCACCGACCCCAAGAGAACGGUGACCAAUCUGACGCCAUGAAUUGA